CGUGUGUGUGUACGUGUGUGUGAGAGAGAGGGAGAGAAUGGAGAAAAAGUGUGUGUGUGUGUGUGUGUGUGUGUUUAGUUGGGUAGUGGAGUGUAAAGUUAAAGUGUGCUGAAUCUUCUCUGACCCUGGUGAAGAGGAGGCAGGUCAGGGGUGCAGUCUGUACUGCUGAAACUCUAGAGGUAUGACUUCACCAGUACCAUUACAACAGUAGACAGUGCACCCAUAUAGUAUAACCAACAGGCUAGUUUAUGUCCAAUCAAAGAAUAUCAUUGUCAUUAUACAAAAAUAAUCAGCCAUUCAUAUAAUAAUAUAAUUAUUAUUAAUUAUUAUAACUAUAAUUAUUAUUAUUAUGAUUGUUAUUUGAGCAACUUUUUUUUAGUAUUGAUAAUAAUGGAAUUAAUAUUAUUGCUUAAAUCAACCAAUCACAUAUAAACCAACAGGACAAACUGGUAAUGUUUACGAAAUCACACACAAAAAAAGGUUCACCCCUCAACCAUCAAGCACACAAUUUGGCUGCCUUUUUUAUGGAUUCUCUUCAGACAGCCUCCGAGUCUACGGCCUGAGAAACCUGAUCCUAGAAGUAUCGAAUAAACGUCCCCCCCUCGCCAGACAGGCAGCUCUGAUCACUUUACGAGGUCAGCGGUUUCCCAGCUUCACAGGGCACCAUGUGAAACAUCCGACACCCCUCCUCCCGCCAGCCCCUCAAGGCCUCCACCUGCUCCCGCGGGACGAGCUGAUUGUCCUCCAGGCACUAAGCCCUCACAAUGAGCAUGUGGCCGCUCACAGUCUUCUCAGUGGCCUGCCAAGCUCUCCCAUUGGCUGCAGACUGUGAGAACCUCCAGCAAACCGAAGACCCACACAUUCAUAUGGAGAUCUGGGAGUAUAAAUAGGAGAAGGAGAGGAACAGUCAGCAGCAGAGCUCAAACUCCUCUUCAGAGAGACCACAGCAGAGAUACAGCCAUGGCACCUACUGUCACUGUACCCAUGACCUACUCUUCUGAACAUCUUACACUGAAUAAUAAGCAGAGAAAGCCUUUGGUGGAGAAACUGCGCAGAGAUCGUAUCAAUAACAGCAUUGAGCAUCUCAAGACUCUACUGGGUCAGGAGUUCCUAAAGCAACAUCCAGACUCCAAGCAGGAGAAAGCUGACAUCCUGGAGAUGACUGUCCACUUCCUGAAACACAAGCAGCAGCAGCAUCCCUCCACCUGUUCAACCACAGCCAGUGAGGGCUACUCCAGGUGUAUGCAGGACGCUGUCAACUUCCUGUCCCAGUGUGACGUGCAGACACAGUCCCAGAGAAGACUGCUGAGUCACUUCCUACACAAGCUGCCCACAGUGGACAAGAGCACCAGGGUCCAGCUUCAGCCCAGCUCUCCAGUCCACCACAGCAGCAGCAAACAGAAGACUUCAGGCUGCACUGCACUCUGGAGGCCCUGGUAGAGCCAUGUGGACCCUUAAUGUUGACCAACAGAAUUCCUCUUGUCAGUCUGUGACUGACAUGGACAGUAAUUCUUACGAUGUAGGGACUGUGUCCCUUAUGUUCUACAGUUGUAGAAAUAAUAUGACCUGCUUUCAUGUAUGGAAAGUCUAUCAUACAAUAGAAAGUGACAUUUUUGACAAGUUGUCAAUUUUGUUUUUAUUUUCUUAAAGCUCUUAUUUUGGUGAAAUGAAGAACACUGUAUGUCUUUAUAGACCAUUUACCUAAAUGUAUAGGUCAGUCUGUGUGAGGUCCAUACAACUAUAACUUCUAUGAAGCUAUAUGCAUUUAUCCAGAAGGAUAGAGUGAAUUGAACAUACAGAGGAAUAUUGUUCUGUACUGUUCAGCACUAUAUCUCAGUUUUGUGAGAUAGUUUGUUAAUUUGAGAUUACAUGUGAUUUCAUGUGUUGAUAAUAUGUCUUGCUAUGUUGUAAUAGCAGUAUGUUCUCUUUUUGAGUUACACCAUGUCCUACCCUCUCUAUAUUUUGAGAGUAUUGUGUUUCAUGUGGAAACAUUUGCAAAGAAACUUUGUCAAAGUUCUUGAUAUUCAAGAUUUCGGUAAAUUAUUGUAUGAAAUUUUAAAGCUUUAAUUGCUUUUGGACAAUAAAUACGAAUGACAUAUCAGAGAAAAUGCUUCUUUUUAUCUUUUUCCAAUCAAUUGUAUUACACCCAUACUGUGUAAUAACCCAGAUGUGAUAAAUUCCAUUCAUAAGCAGGAAGUAGUCAAUAAGGGAGUGCCUUCACUAUAACACAUGUAGCCUACACAUGACUGACAUGAGGUCAGUGUCAGCAUCAGGACAACAGUAGCAGGACCGUUUCUUAUUUAAACAAACAUUUAUAAACAGUUUCCUCCCUUUUCUUCAAUGUGUGAAAUGCAUAGCUUAUAACAUAUUCAAAUUCAUCAAUACUUUAUGUUAAAUAUAUAAAGUAGGUCUACAGACGUGGGAAAACACAAAGGUGUAAUAGGUUUUGAGGUGAGGUGAACCAAGUAUUUUAUUUUUUGAGGUGCACAAUGGAAUUAUCAUAAUGGAAAGUACAUUAUCUUGAACACAAAUAGGUCAAUUGUAUACUA